CGCGCACACAAACCGCGGGCUAAAUACAUAAUAAAAUGACAUCUCCAUUUUGUCCGCCUUUCACUCGGUGCGCGGCGCUCGAGCAACUUCUUCUUUCUUUGGAUCCUUCGACGGAGAUGUGCCGCACUUUUCGACUGAACUCACCGUGAAAACGUCGUCAUGCAGCCGCCGCCGCCGCAGCAGCGUCUGCUCAAAGUUCUGGUCGUCGGCGACCUGGGCGUGGGCAAGACCUCCAUCAUCCAGCGCUACGUCCACCGGGUCUUCUCCCAGCGCUACCGGGCCACCGUCGGCGUGGACUUUGCUCUGAAAGUGCUCCGCUGGGACCGCGGCACGGUGGUGCAUCUGCAGCUGUGGGACAUAGCCGGACAGGAGAGAUACGGCAACCUGACCCGCGUUUACUACAAAGACGCCGUCGGGGCUCUGGUCGUCUUCGACGUGACCCGGAUCUCCACCUUCCAGGCCGUCCUCAAGUGGAAAGGGGACCUGGACUCCAAGGUCGCCCUGAGCGACGGGAGACCGGUCCCCGCCGUCCUGUUGGCCAACAAGUGUGACCAGCGGCGUCUCGGUUUGUGCCCCAAACUCCCCGAACUGGAGAACUUCUCCAGGGAUUACGGCUUUGUGGACUGCUUUGAAACGUCGGCCAAGGACGACACCGACGUCGACGCGGCCGUGGCGUGUCUGGUGAAGAACGUCUUGGCGGCCGAGGACCGGCGGGUCUCCGGCGCCCGACCCGACCGCGUCUCCGCGCUGCCGGGCUUCGCCGACGGCGCCGCGGAGAGGCGCCUGCCCGUGUGCGCCGGGUGCUCCGGACUCAAGCGGGAGCGUGACACAAAAAUUCAGUGACUCUUGAUUGCCCGCUACGGACCGCUUUCUUCUUCGCUUUUCUUUUUCCGGGACAAGCGUUCGUACUUGGACUCCGGCAAAGCGAACUACUCGCUCUAUUGCCAAAGUCAGGGGUUUCAAACUCUUUUUUUUUUUUUUUUUUUUUCCCUCGCAAGCCCCAUUGUACUUCCACUUUCCUCUCAGAGUGAAAUCAAAAUAUUGAGUCAUCUCAUCAUAUUGAACUCCUUUGGGAAUCAAAAUUCAAGGGGAACGUCUAUUUCCAUUAUUCACGGUUAGUAACGCAACAAUGCUUGUAAUAUCGCAACUUCCUCAAUUAUGAUAUCUGACCAUUUGAAAUUUCCCGACAGAUUUCCCCCUUUGAUCACGGAAAUUUGCCAAAUGGGGCCCCCGGGCCCGAUGUUGGACACCCGUGCUCGGAGCCCGUACCCGUUAUCCAAAUCAAACUUUUUCACCCCCUCCCACUUUUCCCAACAAAAACCACACCCCCGGAGUAUCAUUUUGGUUUUUAUCACCCCUCCCGUCGUGGAAUCUCACACGUGCCGAUCAUCGGCGCUCGCCUCUGGUCGGCCUCGUCGCUUCCCGUUUCCGACACGCGCACAGAAUCUACACCGGCUGGUUUUCGUCUUUUCCCCGCCACCGGAGAAGCGGAUGGAUACUUUUUGUCCUCCGUUGGACUAAGCUUCCAUUUUCGGUGCGGGUUUAGCGAUUAGCGUUGGAGAAAAUGUCAUUCGCGUCGCCAAAUCGAUUGAGAUAUGUAAUGGAUGAUGCGAUGCGGAGUGGGGAAGCGGCAGGAAAACAGGCCCGAUCCAAACGUGGGGCAAGAGACAGCAAAAAUAGGAAAUCUACAUUUCUCCCAUUCUCAAAUACAGAAAGGUAUUUGCUCCUUAGAAAGUUUGGAUCUUUUUUGGGGGGGGUUUUUUUGUUUUUUUUUUUUUUUUUUUUUGGUCAUAAUUGUUUACCCGCAAAUAUCAAAAUCACUUGUGCCAUACAGUAACAUUUGCUUCUUUUCAUGUUUCUUGAAAAUGAUCCAAAUAAAUUCAGAAAAUGUUGGACUUCCAUUUUGUACCAUUAUCAUUUCUUUUCUCAAAUGUAUUUAGUUUUCAUCAAAAAAAAAAAUGCAAUCUUGCCAUUAAGGUUUGGAACUUGGAAUAGACUUUUUGGUUUGAAUUAUUACUUUUUUUUUUUAUGUAUAUUGGGCU